AUAAAAAAAUUAAAUUUUUAGCAUAUUAUGUUUGUAAAUAAAAUGCAUUUUUAUAAUUUUGUAUUGCAUAUAAAUACUAGCCUAGUUAUUAUUUUUACUCUCUGCCCAGUCACUCAGUGCCCAUUGUCAAAAAAUAAUGAAACAAUGAGAAAUAAUAUCUGUAUUUAGUUAUUAUAGUAUUACACGUUAAAUAGAUCUUUUAUGUGCUCGGGUUUCUAAGUACUCAUAUCCUGUCUUCUGAUAUAGGUACUAUACAAUAUACCUACUCAUACAAUAAUAAUAGACAAUAGUACAUAGGCAUUAGACACAUAGUAUAUUCUAAAAAUAUAGGUAACGUGUUUUACAUUACCUAUUAUAAUUAUUAUAUCGAAAUUGUUGCACGUGCUAACUGCAAAUGAAUAAUCCAAUUAUGCCGAUAAAUUAUACAAUUACAAUUAUCGUUUAAAUUUUACUGUUGGCGUUUCACAGCUGCCAUAGUCUUAUUAUAUUAAUUAAUUAACACGAAUUCACUAUUUCAAAAGUAAUUGCUAUUGAUAAUUUUUCCAAUAUACGCCUUUAUAUAAUAUUAUUAUGUUUAUUGAAAAAUAUUUCAUAAUAAAGUUGCCCGUAAGAAAUUAAAAAAAUAAACGAUACAAACAAAAUAUAAAUGUACAAUAUGAACAUAUAAUUUUACAAUCAACAGGUAAUUGCAAGGUUUUUGUGGUUAUAUGUCUUAAUAUACUUGCACACCAUAAUAUAUUAUUAUGGUACCCAUGUAUCAAUAUUUACAUACCUAAUCAUUGACUAUUGGCGUUAUAUUUUUUUGACUUUCUAGUUUCUGGGAACCUCCGUUAUGAAUAUUCCGUCACUUCAGACUGGCGAAGCGUCAUAACUCAUAAGAGGCAUUGAGACAGUGUCAACCUUCAAUCCUCAUUUAUAUAAUAUGAAGAAUUAUUGAUAAAAAAUUUAAUUUUAAAAUUUUAAAAUUUUAUUAUUAUGGUAUAAUCACAGCAUAAGGAGUGAUAUAUUCUUAAAAGUAUAUUAUACGAGAGUAUUAUUCUUUCUAUUGUGGUAUAAUAUGUCGUCGAAAAUCUUAAUUUAAUUUUAAGUCGUUAAUUGAAUACAAUAUAUUGGGAUUGGAUAUCCGCUGGUCGCUACGCAAUUUGUUUAGAACAAUACUACCAAUACGAUAAUAUUGUAUUGUACACACUAUACACGAACGGAUGUUAUGUUGAGACGCCGGGACGUGUGUCUCAUUCAUACUCGUGGUUUUGCAGUUGGUACUGUGCGGGUACGGUGGGUGCGGCAUUCGCGGGGUUUCAAAUUUCAGAUUACGCGUCGUAAGUUAAGUUUUAAGUUUACAUGAGGCAUGUCUCGCACACAUCGAUGACGAUAGACAUUUUAGUUGUUUGUCGUCCGCCAGCCCGCACCCGUUCGGGCGUCGAGUCGUUUUCUGUACUAUUAUAUUAUUUUGUUAUAUUAUUAUAUUUGCUAUUCUGAUAAUAAUAUAAUAUUAUACGUCGAUAAAAUGGAAUCCACGUCGACCGAUGUAAUUAACGACAUUAUAAGCAAUGGUAUUCACAGCUAUUCUUACGAACAUAAAUUAGAGCUAAAACAAAAAAGACCUACGCCCGUUUUGAAUUUGGACGUGAUGGACGGUAAAACACUUCGAAAGUUUCAGUUUUCGUGGUAUUCCAAGUAUGUCUGGCUUACCGGAAGUCAAACUAAAAAUAAAUUAUAUUGUUAUUUUUGUUUACUAUUCGGAGGAGAAAAAAAAUGGUGCGAUGAAGGUAUAACGGGAGUUAAAAACUUUGAUCGUACAGCAAGUAAACAUGCAAUUUCCCAAAAGCAUUUAGUUUGUCAAGAAAAAUUUCAGUUGCUUGGCCAAAAUAGAAUUGAUCACAUUGCGUCAGAAGGAAAACGUUUAGCGGCAUUGAAAUAUAAUGAACAAGUUGGAAAUAACCGUCGUAUAUUAUCGCGUUUAAUUCAAGUUGUGUGCUAUUUGGGAAAGCAAGAAAUUCCUUUUUGUGGACACAAUGCAAGCGUAACGCCAAUAAAUAAAGGUAAUUAUUUAGAACUUUUGAAUCUACUAUCGCAAGAAGAACAAUUGAUUAAGGAUUAUUUAUCGCCAAACUCGAGUUUUAAAGGAACAUCUCAUGAUAUUCAAAAUGAUUUAAUAUUUUGUAUCACGGAAGUUGUAAAUAUGCAAAUUAUGAAUGAAUUGAAUAAAGUAAAAUUUAUUUCUGUUCAAGUAGAUGAAACCACAGACGUAUCAUGUAAAUCGCAAAUUAGUAUUAUUUUUAGAUACGUAAUUGAUAACAACAUCGAAGAAAGAUUUAUUGGAUUUUUUGACGUGUCGAUAGAUAAAACUGCUUAUGAACUUUCAAAUAUUUUAUUAGAACAAAUAAAAAAGUGGAAUAUAAGCGAUAAAUUUAUAUGUCAAACUUAUGAUGGAGCUGCCGUUAUGGCGGGUAAAGUAAUAAGCGUACCAGGUAUUAUUAAAAACACUUACCCAAAUGCCAUGUUUAUACAUAGUUAUGCUCAUCAGCUGAAUUUAAUUUUUCUACAUGGAUCGAAAACAAUUAAAGAUGUUAGAUUAUUUAUAAGUGACCUAAAAAUGUUUCACACCUUUUUUAGCGAGUCACCAAAACGAAGUGAACUUUUACGAGAAAAGUGGUUUAAGCAACUUGAAAAUUGUGAUAUGAGAUGGAACUAUCAUUCUAGAGCAGCAGCUACAAUCAGUGCCAAUUUUACAGAAUUAAAAAAAGUAACAUUACGUAUUACGGAAGAGGAAGACUGGGAUCCAAUGUCUAUUUGCUUGGCCAAUGGAUUGUUUAACAAAUUAUCAAAUUUUAAGUUUGUUUAUUUAUUAUGCCUCUUUAAUAAAAUAUCUAUACUUUCGGAUCAUGUAUUUUUAACUCUCCAAACAAAAUGUAUAGAAGAUGUACAAACUUGCAUAGAAGAAAUAAUAAAUAUGUCUACGCAGUUAACGUUUAUGAGAAAUGAAGAAACCGUUGUUACGUGUAGUAAAUUUGCAGUAGAAUUGAAUGGUGAACUUCAAUACUCGGACACAGAUGUUCAGAACUUAAAAUAUUUAACAUACGAAAUAUUAGAUUCAAUUAUAACACAAACUAAUGUUCGAUUUCAAGAUUUUGACCUCAUUAAAUUUGUAGAAAUUACAAAUAAUAAGGCAUUUAAAGAUUAUAAAAAAUGUUUUCCUGGUGAAAAGCUAAUACAUCUUGAAAAAAAUUUCCCCUCUGUUUUUGAUCUAGAAAGACUAAAAAACGAAUUAACAAUUAUUUUUGAUGACCGUGGUAAAUAUCUCCCACCCAAGGAAUUGUUGAAUUAUAUUAUUAAAGCUGAUUUAAGAGAAGUAUACAAAGAGCUGACCAAAUUGUUGCAGUUGAUAUUAUGCAUUCCUGUCACAACUGUUUCAAGUGAAAGGAAUAAUAGUGCACUAAAACGAAUAAAGACAUUCUUGAGGAAUACCAUGAAUCAUGAUCGACCAACAAACUUGUGUACUUUGGCUAUUGAGAAAAACAUUUUGGAUGAAUUAAUCAUUGACCCGACAUUUAUUGACAGAGUCAUAGAUUUAUUUUCAAAUAUUAAAAAAAGAAAUAUCGAUUUAAAAUAUAAAGUAUUGUAGUUGUGUUUUGUUGUGUCUUUAUAAGUUAUUAAUUAUGUUGAGUAUCAUGUACAUUUUAUGCAUUUUUUAGAUUACUAUUAUAUUAUUAUAAAAGACUAUAAUAGUAUUAUAGUAGCAUAAUUAACUUACUAUACCUACUUAUUAUUUAAUGUAAAAUAUUCUACACCAAAAAUGUGUUGUAAGUUUGGUUUUUGAAGAAAAUGUAAAGCUUUUGUUUGUAAUAUAUUUUGAGUACUGAGAUUUAAUACUGCUUAUAAUAUUAAUUUUAUUAGGGGAGGGUGAAUUUUUAUUUUGUAUUUGUCACCCACAAUUUGCCACUGCGAAUGAGUAUAAUUGGAAUGAAUAAUAAUAAUAUGAUUAAUUUUUUAAUAGUAAAUAAUGUGAAACAUGCUUUCAAUGUUGACCACUAUGUGAAAAAUGUUAUAAGAUAAAUUUAAUUUUGAAUUAGAUAUUGAUGGUAUGUAAAUGUGGACCAUGAUUUCAAAUAUAAAUUUAAAUAUAGUUACAGCUUUUAUGAUAAA